AUGUUCACAUCGCUGUUCCAGGUACUUUUCCUUAUUGCGACUUGUUGGCCGAAAGUAGAUUCAUGCCUACGAAGUAUCUCGAAUCAUGAGAACCUUAUACACGACAAGGGGUUUGAGAACCUGUAUCGUACAAACAAGGAGGAAGUGGAAAACGUGCCAAUUCACUUUGACAAACCGAUACCUCGAUGGAUUACCGGAACAUUGAUAAAAAAUGGACCCUCUCAGUUCGAAGUUGGAAAACGGAAAUUCACCCACAUGUUUGACGGGUUCGGCAAACUCUACAGUUGGCGUUUUCAAGGAAACGGUUCUGUAUUUUUCUCUGCAAAAUUCAUGAAAUCCGAAUUUUACAAGAAGUCUGUCUCAAAAAACGACAUUUCUGCCUAUCUAAUGUUCGGCCCUACGCAACCCCGAUUUAGUUACCUGCAGGUAGCAUUGGCUUUGUGGCGUGGCAUGGACAAUAUGAAUGUGAAUGUGUACCGCUUCCCGUCAGAAAAAAGUAAGCAGGGGCACUUUAUUUCGAUAACUGAUAUAUGGAACCACUACGAGAUCGAUCCGCUAUCUCUUGAGACAAUUCGUUAUCAGCACCCAACAGUUCCAUCGACGGGCGGUAUUGCCGGUUUCCUAUAUACAGAAGGUAUGUCGACUGCUCAUCCUCUGCCAGAACACGGUACGUCCAAUCAUUUUACGUUUUUGUUUAGUCUUGCUGUUGUCCCUGGACUUAAACAUCGGUUUUCCCUUAUCAGGAUAAAGUCGAAUGUUGAGCAAGAAGUUGUGACACAGUGGUCGGUGAAUACAGACGAACUGCCGUUCAUGCAUUCCUUUUCUGUUACUCCGAAUUAUGUGAUAUUUUUUAGGCCACCACUGUUUGUCAACAGUAAAGUUGUCGCAGUAUCUGGUUUCGUUUCAAAAGCGAUGAAAUGGCAUGGUGCUAAGAAGGAUACGAUUAUAUAUGUCGUCGAGAUAAAAUCGGGAAUCAUCAGAACGUUUUCCGCUCCACCAGUAUUGUACCUGCAUCAAAUAAAUGCUUUCGAGACGCAGAGGAAUGAGAUAAUAGUCGACAUACCAACAUACAAAGACCCGUCAAUCAUCUUUAAGUUAAACAUGAACGCAUUGCUUAACCGCACGAAAAGGAACAAGUUUUAUACAAAUCCGGUUUUAACACGAUACGUGAUUGAUUUGAACGAAAGUAAGGUGAGCGUAAGGAAAUUUCCAGAAUCUGUCAAGUAUCCCUGUGUGACAAAGCUUGACAUGCCGAUAAUUAACGAGAACUACAGGUCCCGGAACUACUGUUAUGUGUACGGCUUGGUCCCUAAGUGGGACGACAAACAGUAUAGCCACUUUGCUCUUGUUAAAAAGGACCUGUGCAGCAACGGAAAAGACCGGAUGUGGUUCAUUCCCAAUCACUAUCCGAUGGAAGCGUGGUUUAUACCAUUUCCGGAAGACAACCGGAACAACACUAGAGAAGACAAUGGCUACCUUAUGGUACCCGUUCUGGAUGGUGAGAAAAACACUAGCUACCUUGCAGUGAUUGAUGCAGCUACCAUGACAACUUACAACAAAGCGUACCUACCAACAAGGGUUCCUAUAACUUUCCACGGUCGAUUCUUUCCGGAUAUCAAAUAAACAAUCUUAUUUUCUUGAUUUCAGGUCCUUUUUCAAUGUUUGUAUUUAUUGUCGUUGUACAUGUGUGUAUCGUGCUGCCAUUUGAUAUGUAAUAUGUACACUUCCAUUGUGCUGAUAUGUCGGGGUUUGUGUACAGUGUAGGCCAGUAGCUGUAUUUUAACGUAAAUAAACUGAAAAAUAUUUUUUUAAAUUGAAUUUGAUAAUACAAUUAAGAGACAAUAAUGUUAAAUAUUAUGAAGCACAUUCAUAUGACGGCUUAAGGUUUGCUGAGUACACAUAAAUCACAAGAUAUGAAUCUGCAAUAUAUAUUGAUGCGAUAAAGUUAGACAGUUUUUGCUAUUAUUAAAACAAAUCAUGUUUUGAAACCUUUGAGAUUGAAAAUUGUAUGAGGUACUAGAAAAAAGGAUCUAAGGCAAGUGUUCGCAUGUUGUAGUUACCUGACACAGUGCAAUAAGUUUGUUCUUACUUAAACUGACAAAACUAUAAUAGUAACAAAUAAAUGAAAAA